AUGCUAACUAUGUUUAAUGUCGUCCGAAUUCGAUUCGAUUCCCAGCCUCCGUAUAGUCCAUCCUCAAUGAACGGCUAAAUGCAGUCUUUGGUUUGGUCCCGUGGUCUCCAACGCCCCGGCUGGCAUUCCUCCCCCUUAUUCGUCCCUACCUAGGCAGCAUCCUGACUCCAGCUCAUCCUUGACUUUCGGUUAAAGAUCGACAGCCAGCACCACCAGCCAGAAACGCCGUCGCAAGGCACCGAUCCCGGCACCGAAAGUCCCUCGAGGCUUGUUUGAGCGGAAGACUAAACGCUUCGUCCCCUCAGCUGAUGCCCAAAGACACCGCGCGUUCGACUAAACGUUGUACAUUCAAAAACUCGACUACUGUGAUAAGAACGACAUCCGCCCAUGUGAUUUAGCUCGAAUCACUCAGCCCUCUGCGCCUGCACCUCGAAAAAAGAGGACCGACUGGAACGCUUUCCAAUACAGCAAAUAUGCCGACAGACUAGCUGCAGAGGAGGGUAUCGAGUGUGCGUCCCUAAUCCAAGCGCCUCGUAAGCUUCGGAAGCGCCUUGAUGAAGUGCUCUGACAUCAAAUCUGCUACUCUGCAGUGCCACCCGGCCUGAUGGACAGGCAGACGAUCACGACUAGGUAUUGGAGACGCAUCGCUGGGACAAAAGCCGAUCGGCUCGAGUGCGCGAAGAUCCUUGCUCUCGAGAACCCCCCGGAAGAGCGCGGUGCGGACGAAGCAAACGACGCGGACAAUGCGGACGAGGCUGCUGUCAGCAUCGCAUACCAGCGACCUUCUAGUCUGGUCGCGAGUGACAAGGCAGCCGCACUAGCGGCUAAGGAACUGGCCUCAAAACUACAAGAGCUGGUGAGUUGCAAGCUUCUGGCCCAAGCUGAUGGUCCGUCAAAGAACCAUGUCUCUUAAUCCUUCUACUCACACAACUUCAUUCUCGUACACUUCGUUCACACCUUUGCCAGGCCGACUCUUAUACCGCGAAUUUCAAUCUUGAGACCUUUGUGGUGGUCGCUUCUAGCCGCGUGGAGCGCCGUGACGAUCGCUUCAUUGUGUCUUCGCCAGGAGGGAAAGCAUUCGCGCAGCGCAUGGGAUGGGACGACAAAGAUGGAACGUUCGGGAUAUUGAAGUCUCUCACCAAGUGUGUGACUGGUCGUUCCGCGCUCGAGAAACAGGCCCAAGAUCAGAAGCGGUUAGGUGCGGAAUAAAAUCUUACCUUGAUGGGGCGCGCUCACGCGUCACCGCGUAACCCUUGCUCUUCGCCCUGUCCACUAUUAAUGAUACGUGCCUUGCUCUGAUAUUUCCGUAGUCUGGGAGGCCGACGUCAACGACAAGCGGUAUCAGCUUGCAGAUCUUGUGGAGUGGUACUCUCGAUUGGUGAGACACUUCUUCAGUAAGUACUGUUUGCUUGCUUGCUUGCUUACUUGCGAUCCCGACAUGCCUGGGAGUUUUUUCUCUCCGUCCUGACCUAAUUCAUGCUCUCAUUCUCAUCCAGCUGCCGCACUGCAGAAUCGAUGCGCUCGAGACCGUGUCGCUGUACCCGAAAAACCGCGAUUUUGGUACGACAGGACCAAACUUCUUUCUCAGCACGGCAUGACUGUCCAUUUUAGCGGGGAUUUGCGCCUCAACGACUUUCGCAGUCCAACUGGCACGCCCAAGAUGAAUUUGGACGACCUUCGACGAAUUAUGGGUACGGGCCCAAUUAGCCCAUUAUUGGGGCGGUACCGGUUAGCGCACUCGAUUGCGCUAACCUCCCUGCGCCAAAUCGCUGCCUCGAGGUUAGCGCAACCGGAGGUUAGCGCAAUGGGCCUGAGUUGGCCUGAGUUGGCGCAGGCUGGCUGACACGCGGCGCGAGCUGGAGCGUGUCGUCCCUUCUUGUGUUUCUUGCCGUUUGUGCAAUGCAUUUCAUGCCAACAACAUGCAGCUGUCACUCUCAUUCUGGAACCGAAACGGCUCGGUCGCUGCCGCUACCUCUUCUCCGCCAGCCUCAACAUCAAGCCAGGGCAGCGGGAUCGGUUCCAGUCGCGACACUCGCGACGGUGCAACCCAAUCUCGGGCCGACAAGCGUCGCAUUAAUGAACUUUCAAACGAUGGGCAGGAUUCAUACAGCCAGUCCAAGAUCGAGUCCAGGAUCAUGCUGAAUCGACAUCGAACGGUUCGGAUGCGCAUGGACUGCAGCAAAAUACGGAUGGCGAUGGCAAAAACAUUCACUCCGGCGCCUACAACAUCGUCAACGAUAACGACCAACAUGCAGUGGAAGACUCGCCGAUAGAGGAUCACGAUCACGACCGCGACCGCAACAACGGCGACAUUGCCGGACCUGCAGAGAUUGCGGCGGCACUCAAAUUCAGAAGACCGAAGCAGCUGGCAAAUCCAUCUGGGGCAAAGCGCCUACUAGCAAAGGUGAGUUGCACUGCAUCAGCUUCGGCUUUGAUUUGCGACGCCCAAGCUCAUGCUUUUGAGUUUUCCUCAUCCAUCAGUCCUUUCGUCCGACGAUGUUGCCGUGCGUAUCUUAUUGGAUCCUUGGCACUUCUUCGAUCAAAUCUACGUCUCCAAAAAACACGGCGCCGCCAAGGCCUUUGCUCGCGCCUUCUCCGAUGCGGUUCUCAUUCCCAACUCCGAUGAUCGGGUACUGCUGGAGGUUCGAUUAGCGAAGCUCGGACUCACGUGGGAGGAGGCCGUCCGAUCGCCUGUUUGGAACAAAAAGCUGUGGAGGCGCGUUCGUCGAUGGAUCCCCCCGCCGAGUGUUCUCGAGCCUUUAAUCCGGGAGGUCUUCGAGAAAUUCGGGGCGUUGAUCGAUGCGAAGACCACGCAACCGCUCUUCAACAAGGCAGCGCACGAGGCAGCAAAGCGAUGUCUUGAGGCGAUACGCAAAGGCCAAGUUUCCGAUCCUGUUGGCAUCGAACUGACACCGACCGUGGGCCUUGCGGAGGACCAGACGGAAAGGCGGAUGACGGUGCGCGUGUCUACUCGUGCCAGCGCGGCACAAAUAGUCUUGAGGGAGGGAUCCACCGAAACGUUCGUCAAAGGUUCCCAAGUCCGGUGUCACUCCGUACCAUGCCAAUGCUUGCCUUUCGGACUAUGUGCUCGUGCACAACUCCACAGUAAGUCUGUACAGCCGUGCUCACACACGCUGGAACUGAAUUUGUUUUACCUAUGCGUGUGCUUGUUUCACAGGUUGGGACGUUUAAUCGGACAGGGAAGGCAUAUGUAGGGCACUUCGACCUUUGGCUCACUGUAGAGCUUCAUCGUAUGCGGCGCAAAACGGCGGCAUACCUCCCAGCCCACCCUACGAAUAUGUCGGAAACUGUCAACCCGCUUCUCUACGCUCCGUCCACGGAGACAUUCGGGAUUGUGCCUAUUGUGGAGGUGGCUCAAAAGUCCAACAACAUCGAACCCUAUUGCGUCGAGAGUGGCGCUUUCCGUUUCGAGCCCCUCAAAUGGUCGCCGCGGAAUUUGCUGCACAAGAACAUGGGACGAACAAUUCAGCAGAUGCAAAUCCAGCUGCCAGCCGAUCGCAAACUCCGUCACACCUGGCUUGCAAAACGCCAAGGUACUCGGUUUGCGGUAUUGCACGUUCACACACCAACCGAACGAGCGCUGUACAAGCAUAUCUUGUCCCAUCUGGAACCAUCAACUUCUCGAGACCAGCGAGCCAUCCGAAUCGCCGAGCGCUGGAACGCUUAUGCCAACGGCAUUGAUAUAUUUUACAAAGUGAGUCGCUAUUUCGUCGUGCCUCUGAAUUUAAGACCGAGCUGAGUGCUUGAAAAUUCAUACGUAGAUGCCGGAACACAUAAGUAGUUGGGAAUCCAGAUGGUCGUCUCUGGCCAAUGCUCAAGCCAUAAUGAAUAUGGCCGAGAACGACGUCAAAGCGACCCAAGCGAUGAUCACCGACCCCGACCGCGGUCGCAAUGUCAGCCCGCCGCCCGCCAAGCCGUUGCUCGGCCACAAACCUCCGGUCUCGGGGAUGCUCACCGAUGCAGAGGUCGAAGCGUCCAAUCCUCCAACAUCAUUCAUCCGCCCAUCCGGGGCGAUGGACACAAACAACAAUGGUCCGCGUGCAGGGAUUGCUACCAGUGGCAGUUCAGUGAGCGUAGUCACCGGGAAAGUAAUGCGGCACUGUCGGUUUUGCGGUCAAGCCUCUUGCAAGUUCAAGGGAUCAGCGUCAGCCCGACAGGGAUCGGAGAUUCUGUGUGAAAACCCAUGUGUGGAUUGCGGGAAGAUGUAUGGCUUGAGUGAAGAGAGGGAUCCGAAUAACCCAGAAUCACCGAGGUUUUGCAAGGGGCUGACCACGGCUGAGAUGGGUGGUCGAGCUCGAUAUAAGAAGAAGUGUCAUAAUCAUAAACCGCUGUGA